AUUAUUGACACCAAGCGCUCCCGAGCUGGUACAGAAGACGUUUAUAUUCCAAAGUCUUGGACAUUUAACGCUCUUCACUUUUUAAAUAAAAAUGUGAAGCCUGUUGACCUGAACCAGGUAGAAUCGCAUAAUGUGGACGAAUUGGUGCAAGUUGAGGAGCAGACAAAUAGAGAGGACUUAUCUAACACUUCCUUUUCAUCUAUUAGCGAGUUGGCUCCUCCUCGGAAAAACAAAACAAAAUGUGCAGUGGGUAAACAAAACGAGCUAAUUGAAAAGGCAUGUUCCCUAUUGUCUGCACCCCAAAGUUCUACAAACAUAAACGCAACGGCAUUAUACUGGAGUGAAAAAUUAGAGCAUCUAAAUCCAACGCAGCGUAUGCUAGCUGAAAAAGGAAUUAAUGAUACUUUAUUUGAAGCAGAACUGGGUAACUUGAGACGUAACUCUGUUAAAAUAAUUGUAUAUCCAGACGCUUGCAACAUGGAUGUGUCAUCAGCUCCGACACCAGAACCCACAAUGUAUAAUCAAUUACCACCAUUACCACGUUUCUCUGAAUCAUCACCGCAACCAGAUAUUAAAGCUAUUCGAGUCCAAAGACCGCCACCUAUUUAUGUACCACCGCCAACACCUUCACCAGACUCCAAUUUUGGAAUGCCUCUGCAGAGUGAAUAUAUAACACCUAACUACCCACAUACUCCGUCUCCUAUUCUAUCUUCGCAAUCUAGUUUUUCCUCGCAAUUGCCUCCAAGUGGCCAAGCAAUGCUAAUAUACAAUACUGAAGUAGGUGCCACUGAAGAAAUACAAAGCACAGAGGAAUACUCACUAAGAUCUCUUUUUUCUUCAUUCCCUGGCAACUAAAAUUAUUACAUAAAUCAUAUGUAUUUAUUUGCACAGUUUUCUGAAUAAAUUAUAACAAAAUACCAUAUGUACAUGUGUAUCAUUUAGUACACUUACUUUAAUGCAGUUUCGAAGAGCGUAUAUCAAAGCUUCACAUGUAUCCAUGAUCGCUUCGCUUAUUGCUUGCCGCGACAUAAUCGCUGUAUACCGCACCUGCUUAAAGUAGCUGUAAAAUAAUCACAAUAAUU